UUGCAUAUUGUAGCUGGAAGUAUUUACAGUUGCAUGUUUUUACUAACUUUCAAUUUUUCAUUACAAAAUUGCAUUAUCUAAAACUUACAAUUUAAAACGGGCAAUAUUUUCAAAGAGAAAGCUAACCAUUAAUAAUCAUUAGAAUAAUGGUGAAAUACUCUGAUCGGUCUCGUGUCAUACUAAUUUUAAUCUCUUCAUUGUGCAUAGUUUCAUCACGUCCCCUGCAGCUUUACAACGAUCCAUUAUUCCUGGACGCAGAAAUUCGGAGGAUUCGUGCUGGAAAAGCAGGCGAGCCCAUCAAGCCGCCCGUCAUCCGCGGAAAAACCUUGAUGCAUCUGCGAAGUUCUGAAGAGUCUUCCGCAGUCGAGUCGGGGGACGGAGAGGGAGGUGACGACGACGAGUAUGAGUACACCAGCAGCGAGGAAAUUGAUGUCACCUGUGCACCUGGGAAGGGGUGGCACCAUAGAGGUCAAAGGUGUGUCCCUGUCCAUUGUCCUGGAGGAACGGAUCAAAGAGAUUUCAAUACUGGGGAAUGCCUUCAUGCCAGACAAGUGCCUCCCAUGGGAAGGUAUAAGCCAUACUCUAAUUGGAACAGUCUCAACCACGUCUACCGAACCCACCCUGCUCAGCGUUCACUGUCUCGAGGAAUGCUUUCUCUCCUCCGUCGGGGUUGAAAGGGAUCCUAUUCAAAUUAUGGCUGAGCUACUUUAUACAUAAAUCCUCAUGUGCAAAUAACAAAUAGCUGAGAGAAGAAUUGGUACUUCACGUCGCUAUGUAUUUUGUGGAAGCAAUGACAGAGCGGAACCUAUGGGACCGGAAACAAACGCAGUACAAAUACAUACACACCCACGAGGAUGACAAUCAAUGCUGGUAACAUUCUCUAUGUUACUGGACCGUCAGGUUGAAAAAAAACUGACGUCUGAGUCAUUCAUCCGAUAUCAAAAUUAGUAUUGUUAUUCUUGCAUCUUCUUUUUAUUAAGUUUGAUAUUUUUUUAGUUUUGUCACGUUUACAUAACAUAAUAAUAUUGCUUGUAAA